AUGAGCUCGCUGAGCUGUGGGGAAGGUGAGGAGCCCGCCUGCCAUGCCCCCUUCCUUGUGGGAGCCCUCCUUGAUGGCGUUCCAAGUGAAACCUGGAAGAAGAUGGCAGUAGUGCCAGGCUUGGAGCACCGUCUCCUGGGUGGGAGCCCAUCAGCCCUGGGGUCUGCUGGUCCUAGAACCCAGCGGUCGCCCAGCCGAGGAGAGAGGUUCUUGCUGAAGUCUGGGCCCCUGGAGCCCAAUGCCCCACUUGGGGAAUUUCAGCUGGAGGAGUCAACUUCCUUCGUGGCAAACAUUUUCAAGGGAAAAAUCGUCGCAAACAACAUGUUCCCCUUCCCGUCAGUUCUCAGUGAGGAGCAGACUUGGUUCCUGAAGACUCUGUAUGAGCCCUGCAACCGCUUUUUUGAGGAGGUUAAUGACCCGACUUGGAAUGACAAAAAUGAAAAAGUCCAGGCAAAAACCCUACAAGGGCUCAAAGAGCUGAAAAUGUUUGGGUUACAGGUGCCUGAAAAACUAGGAGGCGCGGGGCUCACAAACACCCAGUAUGCACGCAUGGUGGAGAUCCUGGGCUGGCAUGACCUGGCCGUGGGCGUCACUCUCGGGGCCCAUCAGUCCAGUGGCUUGAAGGGGAUCCUGCUGUUUGGAGAUGAGCACCAGAAGGAGAAAUACCUGCCUCACCUGGCCUCUGGGAGGUCUCUGGCGGCUUUCUGCCUGACGGAGCCAACCAGCGGCUCGGAUGCAGCCUCCAUCCGGACCACGGCAGAGGUCAGCCAGUGUGGGAAAUUCUAUACCCUGAACGGUAGCAAGAUGUGGAUCAGCAACGGCGGGCUAGCCGAUGUCUUCACGGUAUUUGCCAAGACAAAAGUGAAGGACGUGACCACAGGCGAAGAACGUGGAAAAAUCUCGGCCUUCAUCGUAGAAAAAGGGUUUGAGGGCGUGGCCAGUGGUCCACCAGAGGAAAAGAUGGGCAUCAAGGCCUCCAACACCACCUCAGUCUCCUUCGACAAUGUGAACGUGCCCACUGAAAAUGUGCUGGGGGGCUUUGGGAAUGGCUUCAAGGUCGCCAUGAACAUUCUCAACAAUAGCCGCUUUGGGACAGUCUCUGCCCUGGCGGGUACCAUGCGUAGAGUGAUCAAGAAAGCGGCUAACCAUGCUGCCAAACGGAAACAGUUUGGGAAAGAAAUAGGCAAUUAUGGGAUCAUCCAGGACAAGCUGGCCCUCAUGGCCAUGUAUCACUAUGUCACCGAGUCAAUGGUUUACAUGAUCAGUGGGAACAUGGACAUGAAAGUCUCAGAUUUCCAUCUGGAAGUGGCCAUCAGCAAGAUUUUUGCUUCCGAGGCUGCCUGGGAAAUCACUGAUGAGUGCAUUCAGAUCCUCGGAGGAGCUGGCUACAUGAAGAAAGCCGGCGUGGAGCGGAUCAUGAGGGAUCUUCGAAUCUUCCGCAUUCUCGAGGGUACCAACGACAACCUCCGGAUAUUCAUAGCUUUGGCGGGUCUGCAGCACGCGGGGGCCCAAUUACAGGAGCUUCAACACACCUUGGAAGAUCCCUUGAACAACUCUUCCUUCCUUUUCACUGAACUUGGCCUCAGAGCGAAACGCAUAAUAGGGAUACCAACAGGCAUUUCCCUUGAUGGAGUGGUCAGUGAGCACCUGCUGGACUCUGCGAGCCUGGUGACCAAAUGUGUGGACUUGCUUUCAGAGGCUGUUGAACACCUGCUCUUAAAAUUUGGCACCCAAGUGACCCAUCAGCAGUUUCACUUGAAGAGGAUAGCAGAUACAGCUAUUGACAUCUACUCUAUGGGGGUCGUGCUUUCCAGGGCAACGCAUUCACUGAACCACAACCUCCCUUCAGCCUUACAUGAGAAGCUGCUGUGUGAGUCCUGGUGCUAUAAGGCCUCUGAACGUGUCCGAUGGAAUCUCAAGGCGGUGAAAGCCUCGAGUUGGAAUUGCUACUACCAGAACAUGAAGUCUAUCGCUGACGCAGUUGUGAGGACUGGAGGAGUCCUAUAUCCUCGCCCCAUGGGCUUCUGAAAAAGGAUUCAUUUCCCGAAGUGCACCUGAGGCUGGACUCCACCCAAGCACUUAAAGAAGCUAGCUAUAUAAUAAAAUUACAGGUUCUUAUCUAGGCCAUUGGCUGUGAAAAACUGAAGCUCAAAAUCCGGACUGCGGUGCUCAAGUCUUGGGCUUUCUGGGUGUUCCCGCUCAACAAGCCCCUCACUUGGAAAGCACUGUACUAGGUGCUGCAAAAUGCCUUGGAGGAGCUGAAAAUGAGGACAUUUCUUGGAUUCAUUUUGCCUCUAAGCAAAGUUUCCUUUGGGAACAUUAGAAUUUGACUCAUAUCUGGAUUUCUAAAACAAAAAAGAGCCCUUAGCUCCCAUGCAAGCACUCAGGCUGACAAAGCAUUAAAUAGAGGACAGGCUUUAUUUAGCCCAACAAAAAAAUGCACAGGAUUCAACACUCAAACAUAGAAAUUGGCCAGACAACUCUCCUACCCCAUCUGAUUUGUCCACCUUCCUCAGGUAUUUUGAAUGGUGAUCAGGGCUUAGGGUCUUACCGUGGGGUUGAGGUCCCCCUAAAAAGGGAAAGAGCUCGUGAUUGCUCAGGAUUAAAUUAAUCUUCUGUUGAGCUGCACCUCUCAGGGAUUUCCUGCGUCACCCGGAUUUAAAGUAGCACCCUGAAUGGAGCACUUCCCCCAUAAUGGAGAAGAACACUCAGGGUCCCCUAGGUCAGCCCCUUCCCCUUGACCUGCACAGCGCUCAGGAAAGACAAGAGGAGUUGCUGCUCCUCACUGAGGCUCUGUAUUGUGUCUCACUGCGGCUCCAAUGCCCACUUAGUCUCAGAGGCCUUCUCUUUGGUCCAGGGACUCCUCUUCCCCACCUGCCACAGAAACAAGCCACGGGGUGUAUCUCUGCAGCCUCCCACUGGUCUCUCUCCCUCUCUCGCCUCCAGUCUUCAGCUCCCAAGAGUAUGGCUCAGGCACGAGAGAGGCAGCACGGGGGAAGAGCGCUGAGACUAGAGUCGGAUGGUGCUGCCUCAGCCCCUGCUUCUGCCUCUGGGCUCUCAGGCAGCAGGAGCAGGUUCGGGCUCAGAUCCACCUGCAAGGCCUAGAGCACGUGACAUCAUUAACCUCUGGGACCUUCGUUUCCUCCUCUGAAAAUGAAGGCAUAGAUGAGUUGUCUUCUGAGGUCCUUCCAGUCUGGAUCUGCACAUGACCUCUCCAGACCUCUGCUUCCUCACCUGUCAAGUGGAGGUGGGGGGGUAUCAGACAGCGCACACUUAUAUAGCGCCUUCAGUUACAAAGAUGAUCUCUGAGGUUCCUUUCCCUUAGAUCCAUGGCUCUAAGCCCUCUCGGCCUCAGUUUCCUCAUCUGUAAAGUGGGGGGUGAGAGCAGGGAAGACUAGAAGACCUCUGAGUCCCUCUCAGCUCUCUCAGUGUCUGACGCUGCUUUCCUUCACUUUGUCUCCCCAACAACAUGAUGGGACCAAGCCUGAAGCAUCCCUCCUCCCCUGCCCUCGGGCUGUGACCCACAGGAGUUCAGCUCCUACAGGCCCCUCUCUGAGGGUCGCUGGCCUCAAAUCCCUUGCAGGAUUCCAGAGACCACCAGAGGAUUCUCUGGCCUCCAUUGUUCCACUGGCCAACAAAGAGCCCCACACGGCUCGACUCUGAAAAUAAAAGUGCCUUCUCCAGAGGCCGAGGGACGGAGGGGCCCCACGGAAGCUGCCAAGGCCUCGUCCCUCCUGAUCAGCAGGUUCUCUUUUGUCCAGAAGAACUGAGGGCUCUUUGAGGGCCCCUGAGGAUGCAGACACUGGAGCCCUGUGAGGGAUGUGCCCUGCCCGGGACGCCCCUGCACACUGGGCCAUUCUCUGAG